UGAAAGUCUUGAUGGAUCUCGUUGUCGAGUCUCUACUCACAGCAGUGGCUGUGCUGUGCGCAUUUUCAUUGUCGCGCUCAGUCCGUCCAGCAACUCUAGCCUUGCUCAUCAGCCCAAUUUUCCUCUUUGGAGGUAACAUUCCAAUGGUAGGGCACAAAGUCUUGUUACCGCUUAGGUCGUCUGAUCUGUUGAGUAUCGAGUUAGUAGUGGCCAUCCUAUUUUGGGCUUUAUGUUGCUGUGAGCUUCACCAAGCACGAGCACUUCCGUCUUCAACGGUUUCAUCCAAACACCGAUAUAUUGCAGUGAUGCUUCUUGGCAUAUGUGUGAUGCCAUUCCUGAUUGCAAGCUUCCUAUCGCAUUCAUCGUCUCUGUCCCUGAGUAGGGCUGUUGAUGAUUUAACAAUGGCCGCACAUGCAAGAUUCAUGCAAUGGGAAGAGCAAGCUGCAGAGAGUCGGACGCUGGAAGAAGCCAUCGAAGAAUACAAGAGAAGACAUGGAAUGUUUCCUCCACCUAAUUUUGAUAAAUGGCAUAAAUUUGCUAUAGACAACGCGUCGCCUGUUAUUGACGAUUUCACCCAGAUCCACCAUGACUUACUGCCCUUUUGGAGUCUUGAGCCGGCAACCAUACGGGACAGAACGGCUCAUUUGGCCGAGUAUUCGUCCGUGGGUGUCGGUGUGCUUCGCAUAAGAAAUGGUACGGUCGACUACUCGCCACAUAUACCGGGAUCUCACCGCUGGAUGAUGGAUUCGAUGCAGCGAAUGAUGAAGCCUUUUGUCAAGUGGCUACCAGAUAUGGAUAUUGCCAUGAAUCUCGCGGACGAAUGUCAAAUGGCUAUACCUUUCGAGGAAAUGCGCACGCACAAAGCUGUAGCGCAGGACGUAAUCGCUAACAUGAUGCGUUCGGGUCAGAGAUUGCUGAAUGGCACGACGAAAAAUUUGAACGGAUCACAAUGGCCGUCAUAUUUCAGCAAGCCGCUUCCAACGGAGGUCAUGUCGCCCUUCUUUUCGGAUAAUAUCCGCUGGCAGAUCUACCAUGACCUGGUCAGUCCUUCAUGUCCUCCAUCAUCUCUAGCUCGCAGAAAGCGUUGGUGGGACUGGAGCACUCUUUGCGUGGAUUGCAUGCUUCCACAUUCAAUAUUUACCGACGAAGGAACAUUAAUAAGCGAUACUGAUCUUGCAAACGAUCUGUGCCAUCAACCCGACAUAGCGUAUCUCAAUGGCUUUGUCAAUACACCAGCAGCUAUGGUGGGAACGAACAAACUGUUUCCCAUAUUCAGCCAAGCUCGUGUGGGAGGGUUUUCUGAUAUUAUGAUCCCAUCUCCCUGGAACUUUGAGAAGAAGAGUCUCUAUAACGAGACUCUUGAUCCAGCUUGGAACGACAAAUCCGAGGCCCUGUUUUGGAGGGGGUCGAGUUCAGAUGGAUAUGCAGCCUUCACUUCGUGGAUGGGUUUCCUACGAGCCAGGUUUGUACAUGAAGCCUACCAGGAGGCGACUCGCGAAGUAAAGACUCUGGCCAUCAAUGUUUCAUUUUCGGGAACCAUUCACAAAUGCCACCAAGCCGAUUGCGCUGCCGAACAGCAUACAUUCAACAAGUGGGCUAAUGAUAUGCAUAUCGUUUCAUCCGAGGACAAAAUCAGGGAUUCUGAGGGCGAAUGGAGGCUCUCAGCCCCAAUCACACCGUUCGAAGACAAUUGGAAGUAUCGGCAUCUCAUCGACAUGGACGGAGCAGGGUUUAGUGGCCGAUUCUUGCCCUUUUUGAAAAGCCGAAGCGUCGUUUAUCGAGCGGGAAUAUUUCAAGCAUGGUUCGAUGAGCGACUUACUGCGUGGCAGCACUAUAUCCCUCUUGAUAUACGUUUGGGUUCUGGCGUUUGGGCACUAUUUGACUAUUUAUCUGGUAAAGAAGAUGGGCAGGAGCAUGCACGAAAGAUCGCGGAGCAGGGACGUGAUUGGGCUCAGAGGGCGUUACGACCUGAAGAUAUGCAGAUUUAUAUGUUUCGAUUAUUAUUAGAAUGGGGGAGGGUGGUGGAUGAUGAUCGAGAGCAUCUAGGCUUCUUGAGCUAAAGAGCUAAAAUUGGUAAAGGUUUAGAGGAACGCUGGUAUAAUGAUAAUUACAGGAUAGAAGUCCCUUAACUAGUUUUAAGCUUUUAAAAAACAUAUUCUUUAGCUAUA